GCUGAGGAAUCACAUGCAAAUUUUGCUCCAGAUUUUCCAGUCUUCCAGGAGACAGGGCAGGGAAAUGGCUGUGAUGGAGUCAGCUCAGAUGCCGGUGACCUUCGAGGAGGUGGCUGUGUAUUUCACCCAGGGACAGGGGGCUCUGCUAGACCCCACUCAGAGAGCCCUCUACAGGGACGUCAUGCAGGAGAACUAUGAGACGGUGACCUCACUGGGAUUUCCCUUUCUCAAACCUGACCUGAUCACCCGGCUGGAACGAGGGGAAGAGCCAUGGGUGCCCGAUGUCCAGGCCAGUGAGGAAAGAGGGAUCCCAAGAGGCGCCCACACAGGAGUUUCUUUCCCAACUUUCCUUUUCUGUGAAAGUUUGGGUGGGAAGUGGAGACAGAAUCCAAUUGCUCUGUCUGUGCAGCUUUAGUAUGUUGGAUUUUCCCUCGGUGCUAUUCCUCUUAAUUUCUCC